AUGCUUGACGCUGCUUCACCAGUCACGCCAAUGCCGGUGGGGAGGAAACGAUCGCAUAUUCUCGCUGCCGAGAUGGACUCAACCCCAGUCCAGGACCGUGCCACAACAUCCCAGAAUCCUCGCCAACAGUUCUCGCCAGACGGAUCCGCGCCGUCAGCAUCAGCACACACCAGCUCUUCUGCCUUCCGCAAUGUUUCCGCCUGCCAUCGAUGUCGAAUACGCAAAAACCGCUGCGAUCAGCGUCUUCCUCGUUGCCAAUCGUGUGAGAAGGCUGGGGUGCCCUGUGUGGGAUAUGAUCCGAUUACAAAGCGUGAGAUUCCGCGGAGUUAUGUAUACUUUCUCGAGGCGCGCGUGACGUAUCUGGAGAGGGUGCUGAGGGAGCGGGGUGUGGAGUUUAUGGAUGCCGUGGCCUUUGGGGAGGAGAUGGCUGUUCAUUCAGAGGAGGAGGGAGAGUCGCAUGGUGUGGAUAUUCUGCAUGGGGGAGAUAUCUCGCCGGAGAAUAAGGGUCGAUUGGUGAUGAAACACAAAGAAAAUCAGGAAGAUGAGAGGGCAGGUACUGACAGAAGUCGGGAUGGCGACAAAGAUGACAACUGGAAGAUACAUAACCUGGUGUCUAAUAUCGGGAUGGUUUCAGUGCAAGGAACGUCCGAUCCACGAUAUCUUGGGUCUACGUCUGGUAUCUCCUUUGCCCGGGUCGUUUUUGCUGCGGUCAAAUCCUCCGUCUCGGGGAAUGCUUCAGAGCGAGGUCCUAUGCGCCCAAGUGAGCGUCUUCCCCACAGUGCCACCGGUACAGGAACAAGUACCAUGCGAGACUCCUUUUUUGGACUGCAAACCAGGCCAAUGAUGAAGUGCGCUACAUUUCCGCAGCGCAAUGUGGCAGAGAAAUUGGUGGAUCUAUAUUUUGAACACGCAAAUCCGCAAAUGCCUAUCCUCCACAGGACUGAUUUUAUGGAACUUCUGGACCGCACGUACGCGGUCGAUGAGAAGAAUCGCUCACCGCGAAGUUUAUAUACUCUUAAUAUCGUGUUUGCCAUCGGCGCGGGAAUAAUAUUCGAAGAUAAGAGUGUCCCGGAAGAAGACGGGCAAGGAGGUGGUCGACCACGGGCGCCAUCUACGCCAAAGAGACAAAAGCUGUCAGACCACCAAUGUCAGCCGGAGGAGUAUCAUGCGUCGGCAGUGGUGCAUCUGGAGUCUUUCCUGGAUAGUUCUGCGACGAAUGACGGUUUUGGUGGGUUGGAAGAACUGCAAGCUGUGCUUCUCCUGGCUAGCUUUGCCCUUCUUCGACCCGUCGCUCCGGGUCUCUGGUAUAUCGUCGGGGUGGCUAUGCGAUUAGCUGUUGAUCUAGGUCUACAUUACGAAGACGGAACCGGAGUCGACUAUGUCGGACAAGAAGGUGUUGAUCGUUCGUCGGUCAAAGGUGAGGACGGAGCCAAACCGCGCAUCAACACUCGUGAGCGUGGACGUCGCGAAUGGGUUCGCGAUCUACGCCGUCGGCUCUGGUGGUGCGUGUAUAGCUUCGACCGACUUGUCGGCUGUUGUGUUGGCCGUCCAUUUGGAAUCAGCGACCAGGCUAUCAGCACCGAGUUCCCGUCCUUGUUGGAAGACAAGUACAUUACCAAAUCUGGGAUCAUAACACCUCCCGAUAGAGCACCAAGCUACAAACAUGCAGCGCAGCAUUACUUCAAGCUGCGCGUUCUGCAAUCAGAGAUUCAAGACGUUCUUCAAUACCAACAAGCGCGAUUCGCCCGACAACGACUUCCGCACUCUGCCAACGUCUUCACCCGUUCUGACCUACCAUCGCCGUUCCUCCAGGGCUUUGACUCCCUCCGCUCAUGGCGAAAGGACAUGCAUCGCCGACUCGUCGAAUGGAAGGAGACUGCUCCCAAACAUCAAGAGACGGGUGUAAGAUUUCCCGUAGAAUUCCUGGAGUUGAACUACUGGCAAGCUGUUAUUAUGCUGUACCAGCAGUGCUUGACGGCUCCCGCUGAGUUAGCUGGAGAACUCGCGCCGGCAGAGGACGUCUCGAGUCCGUCGUUCUCCAAUAUUGAUGAUGCGGAAGAUGAGGAUGAGAUUUAUUACAAGGUUGCUGAGGCUGGGCAGAAGGUUAUCAGGAUUUACCGGUCGAUGCAUCGACUGAGGCUGGUCAAUUAUACGUAUUUGGCUACGCAUCAUAUUUUUAUGGCUGGGAUAUCAUUCUUGUAUGCCAUCUGGCACUCGCCUUGGGUUCGAAGUCGCUUGACCCCCGAUGAUGUAGAUUUUACCGUCCUUGCAGCAACAUCCGUUUUAGGCGAUCUGAUGCACAAGUGCCCACCUGCAGAAGCAUGUCGAGACGCAUUUGAACGAAUGAGCAAGGCCACAGUGCAGAUGUCUCUCUCAACUACCGGAUUUGGAAACCAGGUUGAUCUAUCGCUACACUCUCGCGCCAACGCACCGCAACCAGUUGGUGGUUUGUAUCGACGAUAUCAUCCUAUGGACCGGCGGCAGAGAGUACCAGGAUUACGAAGGCAGACGCAGCCGCAGACGCGCCAACGACCAAUACCGCGGUUUGAUAUGAACCUGGAAGACUUGUUUGGCGGUGAUACCAGCACUGUUGCUCAGGAGCGGUCUGAUCGUAACACAAGGAGCUCGAUGCAGCCUCAUUCGACUCGAGCGCGAGGAUACUCUGAACUGUCUCCAGCGGGCUUGGUGCCAGAGCAGACGUCGCAAGUAGCAGCGCCUCAUCAACGGGCGGCGUCUAUGGAAUAUACUGGUAACUACGACGAUAGUCCUUUUUCGCCUCAGUACUACACCAACUUACAGCAGAGCACGUCCCCUGGCCGCGUGACUACCAGUAACCCCAAUCAACAGCCAAUACUCACCCCAAACCAGGAAGCAGGGAUGAGCAUGGAUCUCCUGGAUUUCGAUCCUGACAAUCAGUUGUCCCUGGGGCUUGACGGUAAUCCUGAUUAUGAUGAGAUCAUGCCGUCCCUGGGGCCUGGGGUGGGACAUAGUGUAGGGAUCGAUUUGGGCUUCGGAAUGGCGGUUGGCUUUCAGCAUGAUUGGAGUGAGAAUGCGAAUUAUGAUAUGUUACAAGGGUUCUUCUUUGGGGGAUCUGGGUCUGGUGCAGGUGGAGAAGGACCAACGGCAGAGACAGAUGGAUAG